CUCUGUGAUCUGAUUGGUCCACACACGCACGCUGUGGGCAUGGUUUCGUUUGAGGGAGCAGGCUGUAUGUAGUUGUGAGAUAUGAAGGUGACAGAAUGGUCUCGCGCUGCUGGAAACGUCAUGAGCGUCAAAAUCCAAAAGGAGGCGACCGCAACAGAAGAGGGGAGCCCAGCUGUUUGACAAGCUUUGGGGUUUGGACCGGACUGUCGUUACGUUUAAUGAGCAGCACUUGAGUUACAAUGUUUGCGUCGUGGCUCUGUCUUCAAGCUGAAGGAGAGAAAAGAAGAAGUAGACUUCUCUAGCUUCUUAAAAUGAACCGGACAGGUGAGCUGGGAAGUUAAUAAAAAAAAAAAAAAAGCCGCGUUUGUUGUGGCGUCACAUUAGAAAAAACAACAACAACUUGACACAAUGGAGCAACCGCAGCAUUUCUCGGUGUCUGGAAGCGGUAGAAGUCUGUCUUCGUCUUCCUCCAGUUCAAACGUCGUAUCCGAGGGAGAAGAGACGACGCCUGGUGCGGAGAUGAAAGUUUAUGGCGAUAAUGUUGAUAACGCACAAGACCCGGACCGUGGGAGCAGCAAAGCGGCUGAAGACGGUGGGAACGCAGACCGCAACAAGGAGACACCGGAGAAUGACGAUGAUGAUGAUGAAGAGCAGGAGGAGGAAGACGACAUGUUGAACAACAUUCUCUACCCACCUCCAAACCUCUUGAGAAAGUCCAGUAUUCCUGAGCUAACCCACGGAUUAAGUCCUGCUCUCAAAUUCAAGAGGCAUCUCAGCGAGGAUGGAAGACAGCUUCGUAGAAGAAGUCUCGGCGGUGGCUUGACGGGAAAGUACCUGUUGCUGCCCCCCAGCCUUCACCAGACACAGACGAUGCUGCAGUCGUCAUCCGAGACCUCUAAUCUGGUCCGCAUGCGAUCCCUGAACCUUGGAAAGUCGGACCCGUCCCUCACCUCCAGCGCUAAGGAGCUGAGUCUUCCCAGAAGAGGCAGUUUCCUCACUCCCCGAAGCUUGAGCCCCACUCCCACUAGCCCCUGCAGUCCGUGCAGCCCACUGCACGCCUUUCAUUUCUGGAGCUGUCGCACGAGCAACAGAAAGAGCCUGAUUGGAAGCGGUCAGUCGUCGGGUUUACCGCGACCCCACUCUCCGCUCUCUUCUCUCACAGGAACAAGUCCACAAGACAGCCCAAGAAAUUUCUCCCCCAGUGCCUCUGCUCAUUUCUCUUUUGCACGAAGUCAUUGCCACAGAGCAGACAGGACCGAUGGCCGCCGCUGGUCCCUGGCCUCCCUGCCGUCCUCUGGAUAUGGAACCAACACGCCCAGCUCCACCAUCUCUGAGAAGCUGCACCAGCUGCCCUUCCAGCCUACGCCAGAUGAACUGUAUCUCCUCUCCAAGCACUUCUGCACCGAGAGCAUCUCCGGGGACGAAUGCCGCAGAGCGACGGCCAUGCGACCCCGCUCACGCAGUCUCAGCCCUGGAAGAUCUCCAUCCUGUUACGACCAUGAGAUCAUCAUGAUGAACCACGUCUACAAGGAGCGGUUCCCUAAGGCCACCGCUCAGAUGGAGGAAAAGAUUCAGGAAAUCAUCCGCAGCAACUCCCCGGAGAGCGUCCUCCCUCUGGCAGAUGGCGUGCUUGGCUUCGCCCACCACCAGAUAAUUGAACUGGCGCGGGACUGUCUGGAAAAGAGCCGGCUCGGUCUCAUCACGUCCAGCUACUUCUGCGAACUCACCGACAAACUGGAGAAACUUGUUCAAGAGUCCACAGAGAGGUCAGAAAGUGAGGAGGUUGACUUCAUCAGAGAGCUGGCAAAGAAGAUCCUCAUUGUGAUAGCUCGGCCUGCUCGGCUGCUGGAAUGUCUGGAAUUUGACCCAGAGGAGUUUUACCACCUUCUGGAAGCAGCUGAAGGACAUGCUAAAGAAGGCCAAGGCAUCAAAACGGACAUCCCUCGUUACAUCAUCAGCCAGCUGGGACUCACACGAGAUCCUCUAGAGGAAAUUGCACAGCUGACCAGUAGUGACAGCGGCAUUGCAGAAACUCCAGAAACAGACGACUCUUCUCAGAGUCUCAGCACUGUCUUGCGUUCCCGACGGAAACCCUGCGAAUUGGACUUUGAGAUGAUAAAACUCAUCAGCAACGGUGCUUAUGGAGCUGUUUAUUUAGUUCGGCACAAGGAAACCAAGCAGAGGUUCGCCAUGAAGAAAAUCAACAAGCAGAAUCUGAUGCUGCGGAAUCAGAUACAGCAGGCCUUUGUGGAGAGAGACAUCCUCACCUUUGCCGAAAAUCCCUUUGUUGUCUCCAUGUACUGCUCCUUUGAGACACGGCGGCACCUGUGCAUGGUGAUGGAGUAUGUCGAAGGAGGAGAUUGCGCCACCCUGUUGAAAAACAUGGGUCCCCUGCCGGUGGAUAUGGCCAGGAUGUAUUUUGCAGAAACUGUUCUUGCUCUGGAAUAUCUUCACAACUACGGCAUCGUCCACAGGGAUCUGAAACCUGACAAUCUGCUGGUGACGUCGAUGGGCCACAUCAAACUGACCGACUUUGGCCUCUCUAAAGUUGGCCUGAUGAACAUGACCACCAACCUGUAUGAGGGACACAUAGAGAAAGAUGCCAGGGAGUUCUCAGACAAGCAGGUGUGUGGAACCCCGGAGUACAUCGCUCCAGAAGUCAUCCUGAGGCAAGGCUACGGGAAGCCGGUGGACUGGUGGGCCAUGGGCAUCAUCCUCUACGAGUUCCUUGUGGGCUGCGUGCCGUUUUUUGGAGACACACCAGAGGAUUUGUUUGGACAGGUCAUAAGCGAUGAGAUCAACUGGCCUGAUGGUGAGGAUGCUCCACCUCCUGACUCUCAGGAGCUCAUCACCCUGCUGCUGAGGCAGAACCCUCUGGAGAGGAUGGGAGCAGGAGGAGCAUCGGAAGUGAAGCAACAUCAGUUUUUCCACAACCUGGACUGGAACGGCCUGCUGAGACAGAAGGCUGAGUUCAUCCCUCAGCUGGAGUCUGAAGACGACACCAGCUACUUCGACACUCGCUCCGAGAGAUAUCACCACCUGGAGACGGAGGAAGACGACACAAACGAUGAAGACUUCAACGUGGAGCUGCGGCAGUUCUCCUCCUGCUCUCACAGAUUCUCUAAGGUCUACAGUAGCUUGGAUUUGUCCCGAGGACAUCUGGAGGAGAAGGGAGAGACGGAGGAGAAGAAGAGUGAGAGCCCGCUCACUGUGGACUCCCUAAGCUGGACGCCAGACUUUGCUGAAAUGCCCUCGCUGUCCCACUCGACAGACACGGACAGUACCAACCAGGUCCCCCGGCCCGCUUUGCUCCCGAAGUUCGCCAUCUCCGCUGAGAGCGAAGGGGACGACACCUCGGGCCUCAGCGACCCCAGCAAGGUCUCCUUCUCCAUCGGAGAGCUGCCACAGGACGAGCCUGAUGCCGUCACGCCCGGCAGCACUCACAGCGGAGCCACGCUGUCUGGAAGCUUCUCUGAGCACCUGGACCAGUUGACGCCCAGAAGUGAGGAGGUAAAAGUCCCUGACGGCUCCAGCCAGGCCCCCACAGAUCAGGCGCCUCCGACGCCCUCCCUGCGACCAGAAGCCGCCGCAGAGAAGACCAGACCUUUGUCCAGAGUUCCCAAGUCCGUCUCAACCGGAGCCCUCUCCCUAAUGAUCCCUGCUGAUAUCUUUGGGGCGUCUCCACUCGCCAGCCCUCUCUCUCCGUACUCCCUCUCCUCGGACCCGUCCUCCAGAGACUCGUCUCCCAGCAGAGACUCGUCUCUCUGCACCACAAACCCACGGCAGCCCAUCAUUAUCCACAGCUCCGGGAAGAAGUUUGGCUUCACGCUGAGGGCAAUCAGGGUGUACGCCUGCGACAGCGACAUGUACACAGUCUAUCACAUGGUCUGGAACGUAGAAGAUGCUGGACCGGCACAUAAAGCAGGACUCAAAGCUGGAGACCUGAUUACUCACGUGAAUGGAGAACCAGUUCAUGGUCUGGUCCACACAGAAGUGGUGGAGCUCCUGCUGAAGAGUGGAAGCAAAGUGGCGAUCUCUACCACUCCCUUUGAAAACACAUCAAUAAAAACGGGUCCAGCCAGGAGAAACAGCUACAGGAGCAAGAUGGUGAGGUGUGGAAAGAAGCCCAAAAAGGAGAAGACACCAGAAAGGCGCCGCUCCCUUUUCAAACGUUUCGCCAUGCAGCCUUCUCCUCUGCUCCACACGAGCCGCAGUUUCUCCUCCCUGAACCACUCUCUGUCGUCCGGCGAGAGUCUGCCCGGCUCCCCCACCCACAGCCUCUCCCCUCGCUCCCCCACCACCGCCCUCCGAACUGCACCGGAUUUCACCCAGUCAGGUGGCAACUCCUCCCAGAGCAGCUCCCCCAGCUCCAGCGCUCCGAACUCCCCUGCCGGCUCCGGCCACAUCCGUCCUAGCACGUUGUACGGCCUCGGCCCCAAGCUGCCGAAUCAGCGGCUCCGACAGGGGCGUCGAAAAUCUGCCGGCAGCAUCCCCCUCUCUCCUUUGGCCCGUACGCCUUCACCCACUCCGCAGCCAACGUCUCCCCAGCGCUCGCCCUCUCCGCUACUGAGUGGACAUCCUGUAGCAAUUUCAAAGGCGGCACAACCUUUCCCGGCCAAAAUACACUCUCCUCCCACAAUCGUCCGCCAUAUUGCUUGCCCUAAAAAUGCAGAGCCUCCUCGCUCACCCCUGCUGAAGCGCGUUCAGUCCGAGGAGAAGCUGUCCCCGUCCUACGUGGGAGAGAAGAAGCACCUUUGUACCAGAAAACACAGCUUGGAAGUCACCCAGGAGGAGGUUCAGGACGAGGAGGUGAGAGCUUCUGAACGAGAUCACACUACCCUGCAGAGCGUGGACGAAACGGCUAGCGAGCCGCUGCCCGUCAAUCGCCUGCGGCCCGUUGAGCAAGGCUGCUUAAAGAGGCCCAUUGGUCGUAAGGUAGGCCGACAGGAGUCUUUGGAGGAGCUUGACAAGGAGAAACUGAAAUUCAAGAUGGUGGUUAAAAGGCAGGACUGGUCAGAGAGGAGGGAGUCUCUGCAGAAGCAAGAUGCUCUGCUUGAAUCUGACUCAUUACCUCCAUGUGGCGAUGAGAAGGAUGAAAGUUUCCUUUUUCCAAACCAGAGCAAACCCCAGAGCAGCCCAGAGUCUGGUCUGGAGAUUAAAGCUGUAAGCACAACGCUUAAAGAUGUCCUCUACAAAAAACUCUCCACACGGGUCUCUGAGGGCUUUGCCGAAGCGUCAGGUGCCAGCUGUGAAGGCGAAGGAAGCACCCGGUCAUCUCCCUGCACUCCCCACGCGGAGCGGCAGCUCACACGCCAGGGGAAAGACGCAGCGAAGCCCGACAGACUGGACUUCAAAGCUCCAAGCAUAGAGUUCACCAGGAAGAGGCUGUCGUUUGAAGACAGAGAGGACUGCUUGUGUCGGCUGUCCUCCGGCCUCCACGAGAACCUUCACUUUGGCUCCAUGAGGUCCAAGAGCCUCCAGCUGGACACAGUCGUGUCUCAUGACCACAUGAAGGGCAGCGUUCACUCAAAUCCCGAAGGUCUAACCCCCAAGCUUUAUUCGGGGAGGGAAGGGAGCGCCGUGGAGAAACUCCAGCUCAUUUCCUCUGCCGAGUCUGCACUGAGGAAGACUUCAUCAGAGUACAAACUCGAGGGACGCCACGUCUCCUCACUUAAGCCCCUGGAGGGGACUCUGGACAUUGCUCUGCUUUCAGGGCCGAGGUUUUCCAAAACCGAGAGCUGCCUGUCCAAAAUUGCAGACCACACCAGCGACACUCUCUCUCUGAGUCCAUCGGUACGCCUCAAAAGUCCAACUGAUAGACAGAUCACCGUCCCCCAACUGAAGGCUGAUAAGGUGAAAACCUCUCUGACCUGCUUGCCAAGUAAUGAAGUUGUUUCGCCUGUAACCAGCGGAGUUGUCUCCAAAGAGCAGCCGAAUACUGCAGCAGCAGACGUUAAAAUUGCUUCAAUCGUUGACAAGACACAAGACAGACACAGAGACUCAUUAAAGCCUUCAGGAGUCAAACAAGAUGGCCGUGCCGGUGUAAAGGCCUCAUCAUCUUUAGUUCAUGACCUCAGAGGCCCCAGACACACCUCCCACUUCUCCUCCAGCGGGAAAACACCCUCUAUACGGGAAGUGAGCAACGAAGAUCAGGAGGACGAAGCGGAGCAAGAGGAAGUUUCGCCAAAUACCGCAUCACCAAAUCAAAACGGGUCAGAAACUGUGUCAUCUUUGAGUUCAGCGAGGCUAGAGGUAAACAGCACAACUCCUUCACAUGUUGAGGUGGCUGGUAAUGAAAGGCCACGAAGGCAGAGCACAAACUGUGGUUUGGAUACGGGUCAGCAUCAGAGUGCUGAGAAACCAAUAUCCGCUGUUAGCUCGGGGCAAGUACAGAACGUCCUCGCUCCUGAGCUCACUCCAGAGAAUGUGCUUUCUAAACAGCAACCACUCAACAUCUGUUCCUCAGACGCACAGGCAAGAGUUCCUGUCACAACAUCAGCAAUAUCUUCCGAGUGUGAUAAUAAAUCCAGCUGUUUAAAUCCUGAAGUCACCUGCGGAACAUCUGCUGACGCGGCGCUGCCUAGCAGAGGAACGAACAUAGCGAGCUCUGAAAUCAAUACGGGCGCCUCCAAAAUGGAGCAAAUCACAAACACUUCCUUCAAUCUUGCAACAAAAGAGAACAUAAAUGUGGACAGAAAAACUAACUCCGCACCUGCUGAUGACUCACAGGACAUGUUCCUGAAGAAACAACUUCCUACAAUCUCGUCAAAGAACUCUGUGUGUUUGAAAGAUGUUGGGCAAUCCUCUAAACACUGUCCAGCUGAAAAAGCACAGCACAAACCAUCGGAUUCAGAGUUCAAGAAGGGAGCAAAGGAAAGCACUGCGGUCCAGCCUGCGAAACUCAAAGUUUCACCUACGAAUGAAAAUGCUUCGAGUCCUAAAGGUAAAUCGAGGCCUGAACCCCUAACUGAAGGUUUUGCAUCUAUGAAGGAUUCAAAUCCACCUGAAGUAAAGUCUCACAUUACAACUCCUCCAAUCCCAAGCACAAAACACCCUAAGGAAUCUAGAGGCAACACUACAAAUGUUCAAGCAACUAAAGACAUUAAACGUGGAGAGGUUUCAUUGUCCGUCGGGUGUGGCACGAAGCUGGAAGAACCACCUCAGCCAACACAGUCACCCAAGCAAAAGGUGACCCAACCCAACGGUUCUUUUACCAUAAAAGACAGCCCAGACACAAAGCCAAAACCCCUGCCUCCUAAAACCGCAUCGUCAAUUUCUCUUAUCAAACAAAAUCUGGAUGCAAAACCAAAAGAUCGUUCACCCAAAAGCCAGCCUCACCCUGAUUCUAAACCAAAAGGUCGAAUCUUGCCUCUCCCUUCACUUCAGCAGUCGUCAGAGGUUAGCCCUCCUCCCAACCCUCCACUGGUGCUGCCAAAGCCUGCAGUGAAAAAGGACACGUGCUUGGCGAGCCAAGGAGACGCCUUAGACAAGGUCAAGUGCGAGCCUGUGGUCAAGGGGUCUAAGGACGCGCUCAAACAAGACGGUCACAAGCCUCCGGACGCUCAAAACACAACCCCCCUUGACAAGCAGCUCUCGUCCGGCCGGAAGGAGCAGGCGGACAGGAAGAAAAAAGACGCUGUUCUAGAGGUCACGUCUGCGCAGAAAACCACAAAAAGGGACUCAUCCCGGGUUUCUCCCUCUACGCUCAAAGAGACUUCAGAUAAGGACGGUAGCAGGUGCAAGCAGCAGAAGGAUUUACCCCGUAACUCCAGUAACAAGAAGUAAAAACACAAAGCAAGUUCAAAUGAUUUGUCAGCAUCAUCAUGCCUUCUUUUUUUUUUUUCUUUCUUUUUUUUGGGAGGGGCGGGAGGGGUUUACUUGAGGACCGGCCAAGCUGUUACAUGCCGAUUCAGGUGUUGACAUCUCUUAAUUUGCUGAUGACAUUGGUGUUUUUCUCUCAAGUCAAAUGAAUGUGUGAAGGUUUGUUUGUUUUCCUCACCAAAGGCUUUGUGCAAUCAGUACAUCAGAGGCUGUAAUGUGAUGAAGAGAUGAAGAGUCAGUGCCAU